AUGUCUCGAGUGCUCAUCCCUACCCUCCGCCUGGCGGCCAAGGCCUCUGCCUCCCCCAUUGCUCGCUCUGCCCGUGUUGCCCAUCCCAUCGCCGCCUCUGCUGCCCGCAGCUUCCACUCUUCUCCCGCUCGCCUCGACCCCAACCCUGUUACCCGACCUCAUCUGCUGCCCGAGUUUAGCCUCGAGAACAAGGUUGUUGUCGUUUCUGGCGGUGCUCGUGGUCUGGGUCUCGUCCAGGCUGAGGCUCUCCUCGAGGCCGGUGCCAUUGUUCACUGCAUUGAUCGUUUGGAGCCACCAUCCAACGACCCUGACUCGCACUUCUCCAAAGUCCAGCGCCGCGCCCGCGAGGAGCUCGGCACCACCCUGACCUACCACCAGUUUGAUGUCCGCAACAACGAGGCCCUCAACGAGACCAUGCGCAAGAUUGCAGACUACACCGGUCGCCUCGACGGCCUCAUUGCCGCCGCCGGCAUCAACUACGAGACUACCGCCCUCGAGUACUCCCAGGAGGAGUGCGAGCGCAUGAUGAGCAUCAACGUCACCGGCUGCUUCAUGACCGCCCAGGCCGCCGCGCGCCAGAUGGUCCGCCUCAAGCGCCCCGGCUCCAUUGCCAUGAUUGCUUCCAUGAGCGGCACCAUUGCCAACAAGGGCAUGUACGGCGGCGCUUACAACGCCUCCAAGGCCGCCGUCAUCCAGCUCGCCCGCAACCUCGGCGCCGAGUGGGGUCCCCACGGCAUUCGCGUCAACACCAUCUCUCCCGGCUACAUCAUGACUGAGAUGCUUCAGAAUCUUUUCGUCACUCAGCCCCACCGCAAGGAUCAGUGGGCCUCCGAGAACAUGCUCGGCCGUCUGUCACUGCCACACGAGUUCCGCGGCGCUGGCGUCUUCCUCAUCUCCGACGCCUCCAGCUUCAUGACUGGUGCUGACCUAAGAAUUGACGGUGGGCAUGCCGCCUGGUAA